CGGGGGUCAGGCGUGGCCCCGCCCUUCGCCGUCCGCCGCGGGGUUGCGUCCCGCCGUGCGUGCGUGCGUGCGUGGUGGCGUGCGUCGAGGUGACGGAGCGGGCCGGACGCGUCCCUUUGUUGGCUCAGCGGCGCCUGUGAGGAGGAGCGGCGGCGGCGGCGGGCGCUGGCGAUCGGUCCGCCGAAGGGAGGCGGCGUCCAGGCCGAGGCCUUCGGAUCCCGGUGGGGCCGCCCCGCUCGCGGCCCGUCUCGCCGCCUCGCGGCCUCCGGCGCGCGCCGCCAUGGACUCGGACGAAGGCUACAACUAUGAGUUCGACGAGGACGAGGAGUGCAGCGAGGACAGCGGCGCCGAGGAGGACGACGACGAGCCCGACGACGACGACGACGACGAGCCCGACGACGACAACCUCGACCUGGGCGAGGUGGAGCUGGUCGAGCCCGGGCUGGGCGUGGGCGGCCAGCGCGACGGGCUGCUCUGCGGCGAGACGGGCGGCCUGGGGCCCGGAGGCGGCGGCGGAGGCCUGGGCGGCAGCGGGCUAGGCGGACCGGGCCCGGGCGGCGGAGGCGGCGGCGGCGGGCUGGGCCACGAGCAGGAGGAGGAUUACCGCUACGAGGUGCUGACGGCCGAGCAGAUCCUGCAGCACAUGGUGGAGUGCAUCCGAGAGGUCAACGAGGUCAUCCAGAACCCGGCUACCAUCACCAGGAUACUCCUCAGUCAUUUCAACUGGGAUAAAGAAAAACUGAUGGAGAGGUACUUUGACGGCAACCUGGAGAAGCUGUUUGCAGAAUGUCAUGUCAUUAAUCCUAGUAAAAAGUCUCGAACACGUCAGAUGAACACCAGAUCAUCUGCACAGGAUAUGCCAUGUCAGAUCUGCUAUCUCAACUAUCCGAAUUCGUAUUUCACUGGCUUGGAGUGUGGACACAAGUUUUGCAUGCAGUGCUGGAGUGAAUAUUUAACUACCAAAAUAAUGGAGGAGGGCAUGGGACAGACAAUCUCCUGCCCGGCUCACGGCUGUGAUAUCUUGGUUGAUGACAAUACAGUUAUGCGCCUGAUCACAGAUUCAAAAGUUAAAUUAAAGUACCAGCAUUUAAUAACUAAUAGUUUUGUAGAGUGCAAUCGACUGUUAAAAUGGUGUCCUGCUCCAGAUUGCCACCAUGUUGUUAAAGUACAGUAUCCUGAUGCUAAGCCUGUUCGCUGUAAAUGUGGCCGUCAGUUUUGUUUUAACUGUGGCGAGAACUGGCAUGAUCCUGUUAAAUGCAAGUGGUUGAAAAAAUGGAUUAAGAAAUGUGAUGAUGACAGUGAAACUUCGAAUUGGAUUGCAGCAAACACAAAGGAGUGUCCCAAAUGCCAUGUGACCAUAGAAAAAGAUGGCGGCUGCAACCACAUGGUCUGUCGGAACCAGAAUUGUAAAGCAGAGUUUUGCUGGGUGUGUCUCGGCCCAUGGGAGCCGCAUGGAUCUGCCUGGUACAACUGCAACCGCUACAACGAGGAUGAUGCCAAGGCAGCAAGGGAUGCCCAGGAGCGCUCGAGAGCCGCCUUGCAGCGAUACCUCUUCUACUGCAACCGUUACAUGAACCACAUGCAGAGCCUGCGCUUCGAGCACAAACUCUACGCCCAGGUCAAGCAGAAGAUGGAGGAGAUGCAGCAGCACAACAUGUCCUGGAUCGAGGUCCAGUUCCUGAAAAAAGCGGUCGACGUCCUCUGCCAGUGCCGUGCCACGCUCAUGUACACCUACGUCUUUGCCUUCUACCUCAAAAAGAAUAAUCAAUCCAUUAUCUUUGAGAAUAAUCAAGCAGAUUUGGAGAAUGCUACCGAGGUCCUUUCUGGGUACCUGGAACGAGAUAUAUCUCAAGAUUCACUGCAGGAUAUAAAGCAGAAAGUGCAAGAUAAAUACAGAUACUGCGAGAGUCGACGAAGGGUGUUAUUGCAACAUGUGCAUGAAGGCUAUGAAAAGGACCUGUGGGAAUAUAUUGAGGACUGAAAAGUGGCCUGGAUAAAACGAACUCUUAAAAGUCUCUUCCCAUCUAGAGUGCUCAUACCAUUAAAACAAAACCCACCCACGCAGACACAGGGAAAAAAAAACAAGGGGCCUAUUAACACCGCUGGUCUAUAGUACCGGAAUUCUGUUUGUUUUUUUUUUCUUUUUGUUAAUGGAAAAAAAAAUUAAGUAAAUUAUAUUGUAAUAAAAAAAGGUAGAUAAACCAUUGUACAACAGUAUUCUAGGUGGCCAGUAAGUGUGAUAGGCGCACUAAAAAACAAAAACAGCCCGCCCGACUUUUAACUCGUAAGGUAGCUUCCUUCUCCAAGCUGACUUUUUCUCUCUCCUCCUCUGCAUAUUACCGAUGAAAUAUAAAACAGUUUCUUGACACUGCUGUACAUGUCCGGCCAGCCAUUUUGAUGUACUUUGGUAUGAGAUAUUUUUUUCCCCUAUGCCCCCCUUCCCCUUCCCUCCUGCCCCUCCCCACCCCUCCGUAACAAAUACACACCAGUUCAUGGGUGUUGAAUGUUGUUUGGCUUAUUGUAAAGAUGAUUUGGGGGGGGAAGGGAGGAGGGCAGGGGGAGGAAGGGGCACCAAACAAGGAAAAAACCACACACACACACACACACACACACACACAGAAAACCCUUUGUAUAUGACUUUUAAAAAAAACAAAAACGAAAAACAAAAGAGGAGAACACAGUAUUUUUCAAAAUUGUAAAUAGCGCAUAUGCAUGGAUAAAAAGCAAGCGUGGCACGUGUUUGCAUAAUGUUUAAUUACAAAAAAAAAUAUUUAUUCUUUAAAAACCUUCAAGAUGUCUAUUUGCCGUGCAUUUUUUUUCUUUUUCUUCCCCCCCCCCCAGUUUGCUUUUUAAUUUGGAGAGGGGAAAUAGGGAGGGGGCAGUGUGUGCUGCUGUAAAGAACUCAUUCUCUGGCUCAAACAAGAUAAAUAGAUAGGGGGUGUUUUUUUGGUGGGGGGGUUGUUCCUCUUCUUCCGCCCCCUCCUUGCAACCAGUUGAUCCCUUGUUCGGGUGUGUUCCUUGCUGGCAACGGACACCGUCCCUUGGGCACUUCCAGCUUUCUUGGUGUGCGUUUCCCAUUUGGAAAUCAAAGUGUUGUAUAAUUCCGGCUGCCUUUUUUUUCUUUCGGCUUCGAACGGCCCCAUUUCUCCCCCCCCCCCCGGACCUCGGCCAUUUGCCCGUGCAAAAAAUCCAAUAUCUUAUUCUGCAACUGGCUCUUCAUUCAUUCAUAGGAAGCUUUGGGCAUGUUGGGUUAAAGUGUCUGCGGAACAUUCCUUGUUAACGUGUUCAAUUUUGGAAAGGAUGGGGGCUGCUGGGAAAAACUGUGAUUGUUGGCGUGGAAAAAGUGCCUGAUGCAGCAAACACUCCCAUCUAGUUGCAAGAGUCUGUAGCGGGGUUUCUGAACCUCAGGAAUGUUAAAGAGAAGUGGACUUCAAUUCCCAGAAUUCUGGGACUUGAAGUUCACACCUCUUACCGUCGCUGAGGUGAAAAACUUUCUGGAGCCAUUGGGUGUUUUUUUUUUUUUUUUCCUGAAUGAGGACUAAAUCAUGAAUAUCAUACGAUACAUUUAUAGUCUCAUAUUUUUUUGUAAUAAAAGUUAUCUUCAA